AUGCCGGCCGGCCCAAGCUUGAUAUCAGAUCCCACUUCUACAGAACUACAAGUCUACAGAGUCAGAACCCGCCGGCACUUUCUGUGCGCCGCCAAGGGAGGCAGCUUAGCCGCCUUGCUUUGCUACCGAGGUGGAUAUCUGAGCUACCGCCUACCUUGGUCGAGAGGGGUAAACAUCCGAACCCAGCAGGGAUGGCCUGGCCUCAUGCCCGACGAAGCAUACGCAUACAGGACUCAUCCAAGGCAAUCUGACGAGUAG